GGCGGGUUCCCGAUUUUUUUUUAUGACGGUACAUAAGCAGGUAGAAUGACAUUUUUUAGGUCAAUGUUUCGGUGGGUUCAUUGAGAUAUAAUAAGAACGGGUAGGUUACCGGGAGUUUAGUGCAUAUUAUCCUGCAUGUGAAUUGAUGGUAAAUCGGGGCAUUAGUUGUGAUAUGUCAGGCAGUCGUCGAAUGAGGUGUCAUCUGAUGCCUACAGUAAGACAGCGCACGUUGUAGGCUAAAGCUAGUAUACCAAUAUAAUUGUGUUUCAUAAGGGAAUUGAGUUGUCCAGAUUGUCUGUAGCCUAUUUGGUUUAGACAUUUUAGUCGUGCGGCUAUUAUAUAUUUCCUGCUAUAGGCUUUGUUCAUAAUAUUCAGUAUUAUCCUACUGAUUUAUUCUGUUAUAAAGAUUCUCGUCACACUUAGCCUAUUGAUUAAGCUGAACAUUCGACUGUUAUCUGUUAGUAAGUGGCAUAAUAGCCCAUAACUUAAUUGAAAUUGUUGGUGAGAGUUAAGACUAUUACACUUUACAAUGGGAGUGGGGUCCGAAAAGACAUCAUCCACCACCAAGGCGGUCUACAAAGAGGAGACUGAUAUUGCUUUGAAAGCACCCUUAAACGUAGAUGCUAUGUUAUCAAAGAAAGUGGGGCACGCGACAGCAGAAAGAGCCACCUGGGGUUGCCGCAUUGAGUUCGUCCUCGCGUCAGUGGGGUACGCGGUGGGACUUGGGAACGUGUGGCGCUUUCCAUACCUCUGCUACAGGAGCGGUGGAGGUGCCUUUCUCAUUCCUUACUUUCUGAUGCUGUUUCUGUGUGGCAUCCCCCUUCUCUUCAUGGAGUUUGCUAUUGGGCAGUACACCCGUCUGGGACCGGUGCAUGCUCUAGCCACAAUCUGCCCCUUGUUCAAAGGUGUGGGCAUUGCCACAGUUGUGAUCUCCUUUGUGCUCUGCACCUACUACAACGUUCUUAUGAGCUGGGCGCUCUACUACUUCUUCAACUCAUUCCGAGCCAUCCUCCCCUGGCAGACCUGCAACAACACCUGGAAUGCCGUGGGUAACUGCUCCAGCGGUUUCCCUGGAAAUGCCACCCACCUGCAAUCAGCCAGUCAGCAGUACUUUGAUCACAGGCUUCUGGAGAUAACCAACGGUAUUGAGGAUGCAGGAGGACUACGCUGGGAGCUGUUUGGCAUCCUCAUCCUGGCCUGGGUCAUUGUCUACUUGUGCAUCUUUAAAGGCGUCAAAUCCACUGGCAAGGUUGUUUAUUUCACAGCCACGUUCCCAUACUUCAUUCUGUUCGCCUUGCUCAUCAACAAUGUCCAGCUUCCCGGGGCCAAGAAUGGGAUGCUCUACUUCCUGAAGCCAAAGUGGAGCAAGCUGCUUGAAGUUCAGGUGUGGGUUAACGCUGCAGCCCAGGUAUUCAACUCCAUUGGAAUUGGAUUUGGCUCCAUGAUCUCCAUGGCCAGUUACAACAAGUUCAACAAUAACAUCCUUAGGGACACAUUGAUUGUCUCUUUAGCUAACUCGGCCACCAGUAUCCUGGCUGGCUUUGUGAUAUUCUCAGCAAUCGGCUACAUGGCUCAUAUCCACAACCUCCCAGUGGACAACAUCGCCACAGAUGGUCCUGGCUUGGUGUUUGUGGUGUAUCCAGAGGUCUUCUCCACUAUGCCUCUGCCACAGUUGUGGGCUCCUCUGUUCUUCUUCAUGCUUCUCUGCCUGGGACUGGACAGCCAGUUUGCCAUGGUGGAGGUGGCGGUGACGUCCAUAAUAGACGGCUUCGGCCCUAAGGUGCUGCGUGUCCUUAAGAGACAGGAGGUCAUCGUUCUGGCCGUCUGUGUUAUGGGCUUCCUUCUAGGCAUUCCUCACAUCACUAAGGGGGGCAUGUAUGUGUUCCAGCUGAUGGACCACUACACUGCUGUGGUGUCGCUCAUGUUCCUGUCCUUCUUUGAAGUCAUCGCUGUCUGCUGGGUUUUCGGACUGCGGCGGAUUACCAUCAUGAUCAAGAGAAUGUUGGGAAAGGCUCCCAACAUCUAUUUCCGCUCCUGCUGGAUGGUCUUCUCCCCUGUGCUGGUCCUGUGCAUUCUGAUCUCCAGCAUCAUCCAGUACAAGCCAGCUCGCUAUGGGAAGUCAUACACAUACCCUGUCUGGGCAGAGGUGGUGGGCUGGGGAAUCUCCCUGGUCUCCAUCGUGUGGAUCCCUCUGGGAGCCCUGCAAGAGAUCUGCAGAAAUAAGGGCUCACUGCUGCAGAGAAUAAAAACAGCUGUGACUCCUACAAUAGAGUUGGAUCCUGUCAACCAUCUGCCAGAGGAGCAGAGCGAAGACACACCGGAGUCUGUUUCCUUGUUUAUCAUCACUCCUCUGUAAACACAGCCAGUAUGUCUAAGUGUUUGCGUGCGUGAGUCAGUGUGACUGUGAGUGUUCUAUUGGGAUGGGGAGGUGUGGGUUGUUAGGUAGUUUAGAGUUUAUGUAAAUAGCUUUUUUAUGUAUUUUACCCUUGUCCCUCUGGUAAUCUCUUCAACCAACUCCUCUCCCCCUGGACAUAACAUAUUUUGUCUCCGAAUUUGAUUUUGAAUUCCAUGACCUCAAUGGUCCAGAUAGAUCUUUGGCUGAGUAACUCUUUGAACCAACAUCGCCAUCUUGUGGCUGUUUCAAAGUUUUUAUUCACACCGUGAGGUUCAUUUGAGGCUCAUGUGAAUAGUGAACUCAGCGAUUGACUGAACAACCACCAGGCUGGUCUAAUAUAGGAACAUGCAUAUGAUAUUUAUUCCUCUCCUAGAAAGAUAAUAUGCAAUUAGAUGUAUGGCGGUUAUAUGUUGUGCCUUUUACUGAUAACUGUAAGGAGAGGAAGCACUGCAGUGUUGCCAUGACCAGUGGUGUAAAGUAUUUCAGUAAAAAUACUUAUGUUUUGUUUUUUUGGGUAUAUGUGCUUUACUUUACUUUG